AUGGCUGGCCCGCCAGCCCCACCACCUGCGUGCUCUAAUUCCUCCGCGCCUCAGUUCAAAGCAAAAACCUCAGGCCCAAGCCCGGGCCACGCGCCCGCCUCACCGGCGGCGGCCGCGCCGCCGUCGACCAUGGUCCGCAUCCCGUCCGAUGCGGCGCUCGCCGUGCUUGGCGUCGUUGGAGAGCUCCACGGUCGCGGACGCCUCGCUGGGCUGGAGAUCCCGGAGGCCGAGCUCCUGAACGCUCGCGCGCCCGCCCUGUUCGAAGCCGUGCUCGCCGCCUUCCUCGCAGAGUCGGAGGGCCCCGGAGCCGUCCCGUUCCUCCCGAUUCCGCCGCCACCGCUCGCUGACGGCCGCAAGGUGGAGCUGCUCCUCCUGUACCUCGCCGUGCGCUCACGCGGCGGGUUCCCCGCCGUCGCGUCCUGGGCAGCCGUCGCCGAGGAUGUCGGCCUAGACCCGUUCGCAGCGGCGGCAGUCAAGCUGAUGUACGCCGAGUACCUCACCCCCCUGGAGCAGAGCAUCCGUAAGCCAGGAGAGCGCCACGAGGUGGUCGGGAGUAGCGGCAAAGCCGGCCGGCGUUUGGGCUCCAAGAAGGACAAGUUCCUGUCGCCCACCAAGAACCCCGCGAGCGCUGGACCGGCGCACCUGAAGCGGAAGAGGAAGGCACUCGUGGGGAUGCUCGACUGGGUGCGCCUUGUGGCGAAGAGCCCAGAUGAACCGAGGGUCCUCGGGAGGAAUCCCGGCGGCCACUUCUCUACGGCGGUUCUGCUCCGGGGCCAGAUGUUCGCAAAUAAUGAUUGCAGGAGUUGCUCUUCCUCGCCGCAGAUUCCAGACGAGCCUAUUCCUUUCAGUCUGUUCAGUUAUAGCAUUUGCCCAUUAGAAGUUCCUUUCAUUCAUGACUCAUGA